AUGGACCCUAGUAUCGAAAGACAUGUGCUGGCGCCUGACGACACGCAGUCACAUCUAAUUGUCAUCUUCAAAACUACAUCUAUUGCAAGACUCACAGAUACAGGUCUAGAGCCUGCAACAGUCGAUGUGUCGCCCGUGCAAGCCCUUCUUGACCGUAUUAAUGCAUCACUUAUGCUUCUUUUCGGGCAGGAUGAGAACCGUCUUGAAGCCCAUCAAGAAGGCCUCCUGUUGUCUUUGCAACAACUGAACUCUGGCAAGUCAGGCAAUGAAGGAUUAGACCAAGAGCCGACAGCGCUGGCUACUUUCUACUAUGUCGAUGGGGAAGCUGCCAAUCUAGAUGACCUUGCUGCAGAACUCAACCAGCAAGAUAUUGUUGAAGCUGCAUACGUUGUACCUGCUGCUGCUGCUCCACAAUACCUUCGGAUUGACCGUUCCCCUGCUCAUGUGCCUUCUCAAACCCCGGAUUUCACUUCCCGUCAAGUAUAUCGCAACGCAGAGGACAUUGAUGCGCAAUAUGCGCAGCAAGUUUCUGGUGGCACGGGGGAAGGACUGACGGUUAUCGAUUGCUUGAAUAGCUCUAACACAGACCAUGGGACGGCGGUGUCCGGAGUUAUUAGCGGAGACGUCAACACAUUCGGUAUCACGGGAAUUGCCCCGGACGCUAUGUUUAGUGGCUCAUCCUUUAAUGGGCAACCUUACUCUGCUGCUAUUUACGCUGCAGCAAAUAGGCUCAAGCCAGGAUAUGUCAUCCUCCUUGAGAUUCACGCGCCAGGGCCCAACGCUCCGCGCCCGCUGCAAGGACAAAAGGAUUCAUUGCCAUUGAAUGGAAACGGAGGCGAAAAUCUCGAUUCCCCUAUAUACAAUACGCCCCUCAAUGGCUUCCCUAGCUGGUGGCGUAACCCGUUUAAUCUUCGGAAUCCUUCGUCUGGCGCGAUCCUGGUCGGCGCAGAAUGCCCACCACCUGAAAUACAUGGCUGCAACCACGGUCCAGAUCGUUCCCGGUUGGGUUUCUCCAACUGGGGUUCGCGGGUAGACUGCCAAGGUUGGGGCUUGGAAGUAACCUCGACUGGUUAUGAAGACCUGAAAGGCGGCAUAAGCCCAGAUUUGUGGUACACAGAUGAGUUUAACGGUACUUCUAGCGCAUCGCCCAUCGUCACUGGCGCAGUACUCUCCGUUCAAGGUGCGCGGAAGAAGCAAGGAAGGCGCUUUUUGACUGCAACGGAGCUGCAGGACCUACUACGCCGCACAGGCAGCAAGCAGCAACCCAGCGUUCAGGUGGGGAAGUCACCCAAAGAAUUGGAAAUCGGCCUAACCUGA